UUUGACUCUUUUGAGAAUGCCCUUUGAACAAGCAAAUUAAGCUCAAAAGCCGAACCCUCUACUGCAGUGCGGGGCACUAUUUGGCAUUUGCAGAUCGAAAACGAGGACAGAACCUGCAAACUGCAUUGAAAGAUCCAAAAAUAUCUUCACUUUCUCGUAUUCAUUAACUCCAGUUACCCUGAAGAUAAACAGUAUAAGCAUCGACCUAUAGCAAUGAGCAGCUCUGCUGCUGGAAACUCAUCAAAACCAAGAGCAGCUUCCUCACAACCAUCAGAAACUUCAUCCAAGCGCAAAAGAGGAGUUUUCCAAAAAGAAUUGCAGCACAUGAUGUAUGGCUUCGGAGAUGAUCCUAAUCCGCUUCCUGAAAGUGUGACUCUUAUGGAGGACAUUGUUGUGGAAUAUGUCACAGAACUGGUUCAUAAAGCCCAAGAUAUUGGAUCUCAAAGAGGGAAGCUAUCAGUUGAGGAUUUUCUCUAUUUGAUUCGCAAGGAUUUGCCGAAACUUAACCGUUGUACAGAACUACUGUCUAUGAAUGAAGAGCUGAAACAAGCAAGAAAGGUUUUUGAAUCAGAUGAAGAGAAACUGAGGAAGGUUUUCGAGGUGGACGAGCCGGUGGAAGGAUGAGUAACGGAGAUUACUGAAAUGCACUAAUGUUGGUUGUAAUAUGUUUAGUUUUUCUGAUGAUGUAGAUUUGAAAAUUAAUGCCUCCUAACCCAUGUCAUCAUUAAUGUGUAAAUCAAUUCCUAUGAUAAAUAGAUUAAGUGUUUUUGAUAAACAAUGAAAUGAUUUGAAUCA